AUGGAAAAAUCAACGGCAAGGUGCUUCAAUUUACUCUUUUUAGAGGAAGAUGAAGAAUAUAUGGAUGAUAUGUUAAUAACCAUGAGGAGGAAACAACAGAAUGGUGUCAUCCAACAUAGAGAUAAAAUUUCAAACGAGCAUGCAAUUAAAUCUGAAGAAUUUACAAACAUGUACAUAUGCACACGUGGAAGGUUAAGGCUGUGCUCAAAAUCCUUAGUGUUUGAACCAUACAGCGUGGAUGAGGAUGUUUUGAAAUUCCCUUUUAAGAAAUUAGAAAAUGCAAAGAUGUGUGCGUUACAAAAUGAAAUAAUUAUAAAAACGUCUGAAGUUAUUAAAAUUAAAACGAUUUUAUAUAAUAAGAAAACAAGGUGCACUUCUCAGUUUACAUACGAUAGGAAAAAUAGAAGAAGUAUUAACUUAAUGAAUAGUCUUUACAAUGAAUACUACGAUGAGAUUCGAAUGAUUGAUAACGACAAUAUAGACGACAAAAUUCCUCUCUUUGAGAAAAUUCUCAAUAACUUCGAUGAAAAUGAGAUGGAAAAUUCUUCCACUACAGCGGCUAUUAAAGUGGCCAUUACAACUGCACCCACAACUGCAACCACUACUGCACCCACAACUGCAACCGCAACUGCACCCACAACUGCAACCACUACUGCAACCACUACUGCCAACAGUGCAACUUCGUUUGUGUACUCAUUCCAGUGUGAUGGAUCUCUCAGCAGCAGGAAGAAGCUGAAAGCGAUGUACGACAUAGUCUCGAAAAUAAAAAUCGCGAUGGUGAUACACGAAAAGCAAAUGGAAAUUCUAAUAAAGGAAAAGAAGAAAAAGCAGCAAGGGACUGGAUUUGGAACUGGAAGUGGAAUUGGAGAAUUUUCAAAUGAAUACCAGAGGGCAAGGGAAAAUAGGCAAGAAAAGGAUGGAGAAAAUUUUGGUGAUUACGAGAAAGAAGGGAGGAGAGGGGGUGGGAUCAGCGCCUCAGUGAAUAGAGGGAAAAACAGUAACUACUUGAACAAAGUAAAAGAAGUUGAUAUUGAAAAGUACAUUGAGAAGAUAAUGGAAAGGUUGACAGAAAAUAUGAAAUUUGAUAUAAGCAGUAUAAGCAUACAUGAAAAAAUAAUUACAAAAAGAAUGGAAGGAUAUUGGGUAUUUAAAAUAUCUCCCUUGUUAAGAACCAAAGGUAUAUUAAACAUAACAAAUAAAUUUAUAUAUUUCCAAUAUAAUCCAAAUUUUACAAAUAAAAAAGAAAAGAAAUGGAAAACGGAAAACAUUUUACAUGUAUUUAAAAGAAUCAUAAUUAUGAAACCUAAUGCAUUAGAAAUAAUAUUUGACCAUGAAAGUAAGAAAAAAUAUAGUUCAUUAUAUAUCGAAUUUGUCAAUUAUGGUGACAGAGAAGUAAUAAUUUCUGUACUGAAAAAAAUAAAACCGCAAUGUUUAUUUAUAGAAGAAAAUAAAGAUUUUGUAUAUGCUAUUCAGAAGAAAUGGGAAUAUGGUGCUAUAUCUAAUUAUGAAUAUUUAGAUUUUAUUAAUUGUAUCGCUGGUAGAAGUAGAAAAGAUUUUUCUCAAUAUCCAAUUUUUCCUUGGUUGUUAUGUGACUAUUCUAGUGAAUCAAUUAAUUUAAAUGAUGAUUCUAUUUAUCGAAAUUUGAGAAAACCAGUUGGUUGUUUAAAUCCGGAUAGAUUAAAUUCUUUAAUAGAAAAGAUGCAAGAUCAUGAUUAUUUUUAUGGUUCCCAUUAUUCUACCUUAGCUUAUGUUGUUUAUUUUUUAAUUCGUUUACAUCCAGAAUGUCAACUGAAAUUACAAAGUGGUAAAUUUGACACUCUUUCGAGAAUAUUUUUAUCUAUUGAAAGCACAUUUAACACUGCUUUAAAUGCGAAUUCUUCAUUCAUCGAAUUGAUACCAGAAUUUUAUGAAGACAAUGAUAGCUUUUUAAAAAAUUUUCUUGACAUUGGUUCAAGUGAAGGAAAUAUCCAUGAUGUCAUUCUUCCUAAGUGGUGUACCUCAUCAAAAGAUUUUUUAAUAAAAAUGAAAAAUUCUCUUGAGAGUAACUAUGCAAAUAAGCAUAUUAACGAAUGGAUUAAUUUGAUUUUUGGUUAUAAACAAAGUGGACAAAUAGCAAAAGAAAAUUUCAAUUUAUAUCACCCCCUUACAUAUAUGCAUACUAUACUUAAUGAAAAAUUAUGUGUAGCUAAUUAUAAGUCUCAUUGUGAUCGAAUUAGACAAGAAGAAGAAAAUGAAUUUGAACGAAAUUUUAAUGAAAAAAUUAAAUCAUUAAUUACUACUAUGCCUUCUAAAGCGUUAAAAACACAGUUACACGAAUUUGGACAAUGCCCAUUCCAAAUUUUUAAAGAACAUCACGUGUCUAGAAAAUCAUCUGUUUCUUUUAACUACAACGAGGAGAUUAAGAAUUCUCCCUGGUAUUACUCUCCAAUUUUUAAUGAAGUUUUGUCUGAACUCUAUUUCAAGAGGAAAAGGAAAAAAGACUUGAAAAUGCGUAGGAGGUUACUAACCCGUGGGGGACUUAGGGGAGACCGAUUUGGUGGAUACCUACGGGAUGAGGAAGAUGAAGAAGAAGAUGAAGAAGAAGAUGAAGAUGAUGAAGAAGUUGAUGAAGAAGAUGAAGCAGGAGAAGUAGACGAAGCAGGAGAAGUAGACGAAGCAGGAGAAGUAGACGAAGCAGGAGAAGUAGACGAAGCAGGAGAAGUAGACGAAGCAAGAGAAGUAGACGAAGAAGACGAAGCAGAUGGAACAGAUGGGGAAGAUGAAGACGACCCCGAUCAUCACCAACGGGACGAGGAAGAGGAUGAGGGAGGAGGAGACAUUUACCAUGGAGAUGUCUGUGGUGAGGAAGAUGGAGAGCAGAAAGAAGACAAGUCAUUCGAAGGAGUGAAAGAUAUAAAUGGAACGGAUUACUAUCAAAGAAACAAGAACAAGUUUCGAGGCAUAAACAGAAGCAAGAGAAGAGGAUACAUUGAUGAAUGUACAAGAACAAAGCACGUACCAAAUAGAAAUGGUGAUAAGGAUAUACGUGGAAAUUAUUUCAAAAGACACAAAUGGAAUUUACAUAGAAUCGAUCUGAUACCAUGUGUUGUAAAUGGAGUUGCAUACAACCAUAGCAACAUUUGCUUUGUUUGUAAUAAUGGAUUUAUAAAAAUAAUUAGUUAUAAUGAUUUAAUAAAAUACGAAAUAAAAAAUAACAAUAAUUUGAUUUCUCUAAAAUUUGGUGAUGAAAACUUUUCUUGUAUUACAAAUGUCCAAGGGAAAUAUAUCAUAGGGACAUGCAAUGGAAAUAUUCUUUUUCUGAACCCACAAAGCAUUUUGAGAGUGAAUGAGUGUGAUGUAGAACCCAUGGAUUCUAACGAACACCCAAAAAAAGAGGAGGAGGAGGAGGACGGGGGAGGCAGUAGUAAUAAGGGAAAAAAACUGUUAAACGAGAGAUAUUUAUCCCUCAAUGAUUCGAGAAUAUCUAGGAGUGACUCUGAAAAUUCUCUGCUGUCCUCCUUUGAUGAUGUGUUUGAGUGUGUCGAGAGGAGCAGUAAUGGGGUGAGCAAUGAGAUCAGUAACGGAUGGAAUCAUAAGAAUUGUAAGGAGAGAAAGAAUAAACACAGGAGAAACGAAUUUCUGUACAGUGCAAACAUUUACAAUCAAUUGGUAAGUAGAAAGUUACACAAUGACACAGUGACGUGUAUGAGUUUCAACAAGAAUUAUUUAGCAACAGGUUCAUCAGAUGAAACAGUGCAAUUACUUAACGUUGAAAAUAAUUUUGAAAUUUUACAAACAUAUGAUAAUUUUAGCGAUUCUGUAAAAUUUGUGCAGCUAAAGAAUAAACUUUUAUUGACACGAUCUGAUGGAUUCAAAUUAUUUGAUAUUCGAACAAGACCUCGGAAAAAACUGGAAUUUGAAAAUUUGAAUUCUAAAUGUUUCAGCGUUUCUUCUCCAAAUGGAAAUAACAAAAUAGGAAAGUUACAUAAAAGUAAAUUUUCAUCAAAGGGUGAAUUUGGCUCUGGGAAAUUCUUUCGCUUUUAUGGAAAUGAACAAGUGCGACUUUUCUAUAAGACUAUACAAAAAGUGUAUGAACAAAAUUAUAUCUCCAUAAAUUAUAUGAAUCCACAAUAUUUAUAUGAGAAAAAAAUUAAAAAAAAUUUGAACGACACAUUUUCAAAUAAUUUUGGAAACAUCAUCUAUUCAUCUCUCAUUAAUGACAACACAAUCUUUAGUUUAGAUCGAACUAACAAUUUUUAUUUUUAUGAUAUCAGAGGAGAAAAUUGGAUCAAUGUAAUUUCAAAUAGUUCAACAGAUAUCAAAAAAAAAAAUAAAAAUAAAAAUAAAAAUAUUUUUACAACUGCUAAUUGUGAUGACAGGCAACAACUAUGCGCUAUCAGCAAUGCUGGUGAUAUUUUUUUUGAACCCAUAAACUUCUGGAGUGCCUUUGAUGAUGAGGAGAAUAAUGAUGACGAUCAGGACAAUCCCAUCGCCACCUUUUCGAAAACGAACAUUUUCAACACUAGGUGUUCCUUUAUCCCCUCGUAUAUUUCCUUCCUCAGUCAUUAUGCAUCUUCGAAUGAUUUGGAUAUCAACGAUGAGGGAUCGACCAGCACAACUGCUGCUUCAUGUAAUUACAUAUUAUUCACAGGGAUGAAUGGCAAAAUAGAAAUACAUAAAAAAGGUGCCCCCUCCAACUGA